AUGCUGAUGUACUUCCUUCGAGGAUCCCUCCCGUGGUCCGGCCUGGAUGCCAAAACGCAAGAGGAAAAGUACAGGAAGAUCCGUGAGAAGAAGGAGCAAACUCCACUGGACGAGCUCUGUGCAGGCUUCCCGCCGGCCUUCAAGAUCUACUUGCAAACAGCCCGCUCUUUGGAGUUCAAGGAGCGGCCCGACUACGUCGCCUUACGGAAGCUCUUUGCAGAUGUCCGUGCCGAGAUUGGGCCCCAGGAGGACCAUGGCUUCCAGUUUCUCGAAGGGCGAGAGUUAGGUACCCUCGAGCCCCUUGAGCAAGUGGAGUUGCGGCAGCCUGACGAUCAGGUCAGCGGUGCGGGAUUAGGCGGGCGGCGGGCGGGCACGGGCAAUCAAGCGCUGGUCGCAGCUGUGUUCCUGUUUGUGAAGAAGGAGUCGCCCCCCACUCCGCCUCCGCACCGCACGGCACUCUCGCCGCUGCUCGCCGCGGCCUACUUCGGCAACGUGGAAGAGCUCAUGGAUGGCUUGAGAGACGGUGAAGAUCUGGAGGCCCAAGAUCCUUCGGAUGGCUGCCGACCCUUGCAUGCUGCCGUCCUAACCGAGCAGACGGAAGCGGCCAGCUAUCUCAUCAGGCAACGCGCAGACUUGGAGAGCCGGGCCUUCGAAGGUCUCACGCCGCUACUGCUCGCCUGCCGGUCGGAUGCGGGGAGGCUGGUGCGUCUGCUCUUGCACCACUCUGCUGAUGUGGCCGCCAGGGAUGCCUUGGGUCGCUCGGCCCAGGACAUUUGCGCGGAGCAUCGCUCCAAAAGCGCUGUGAAGGCGCUGGCUGGGGAGGAAGAGCUGGCGGAGCCCCAGGAGGAGUCGGUUGAGAGCCCGGCGAAGAAGGAGCAGGGCGUUGACGAGGUGAGACAGCAUGAGAGCUCAGCACCCGCCGGCAAAGAGCCCUUGAGCAAAGCGGUGCUGUGGGAGCCUUGGUUUGGUUCCGCGGUGGACCCGGUGGAGGCAGAGGGAGUGGAUCCCCAGUACGAAGCUUGGGACCAGGAGAUUCAGACAGGCAACAGACCUGGAAGCCACCAAGUGUGUUGA